CCCCCCCCUCCUCCUCCGCCCGCGCGGGUGGAUGCUCUCGGGCUGCCUCAGUGAGGUCUGCCUCCCCUGGCUGGUGCUUGAUGAGCGCUGCCUGGCGCCGGCGCCGCCGCUCGGGCUGCUGGGUUCAUUUGUUAUCCGGCGGCCUGGCUCCAUUUCUGCACUGACGGCCCCGAGCGGCUGCGUCCGUGGCCGGGUCCCCUCUCGUCUCUCGGGUGCGUCCCGCAGGCCCAGCCCUCGCCGCGACGGCCGGGCCCCGCUCGGGCCUCCGCAGCCAUGAAUACAGAAGACGAGAUCAUCCGCAUCGCCAAGAAGAUGGACAAGAUGGUGCAGAAGAAGAACGCGGCUGGGGCACUGGAUUUGCUAAAGGAGCUUAAGAAUAUACCUAUGACCCUUGAGUUGUUGCAGUCCACAAGAAUUGGAAUGUCAGUGAAUGCAAUACGCAAGCAAAGCACAGAUGAAGAGGUUACAUCUUUAGCAAAAUCUCUCAUCAAGUCUUGGAAGAAGCUGUUAGAUGGACCGUCAACUGAUAAAGACUCUGAAGACAAGAAAAAGGAACCUGCAUCUUCAUCACAAAACAGUCCUGAAGCAAGAGAAGAAAGUUCCAGUAGCAACUCCAGCAUCAGGAAAGAGGAGGCUAAUGCUUCGUCAGAUUCCUUCAUCCCUUCUUUUCCUCGGGCUCCAAGUACUUCAGAUUCUGUACGAGUGAAAUGUAGAGAAAUGUUGGCUGCUGCUCUCAAAACAGGAGAUGACUACAUUGCUAUUGGUGCUGAUGAGGAAGAGCUGGGAUCUCAGAUUGAAGAAGCUAUAUAUCAAGAAUUGAAAAACACGGACAUGAAAUACAAAAAUAGGGUACGAAGUAGAAUAGCAAAUCUCAAGGACACAAAGAACCCUAAUCUAAGAAAAAAUGUAUUAUGUGGGAACAUACCUCCUGACAGGUUUGCCAAAAUGACAGCAGAGGAGAUGGCAAGUGAUGAGCUGAAAGAGAUGCGCAAAAAUCUGACCAAAGAAGCUAUCAGAGAGCACCAGAUGGCUAAGACAGGAGGCACCCAGACUGACCUGUUUACAUGUGGCAAAUGUAAAAAGAAGAAUUGCACUUACACACAGGUUCAAACCCGCAGUGCUGAUGAACCUAUGACAACAUUUGUUGUCUGUAAUGAAUGUGGAAACAGAUGGAAGUUCUGUUAGAAGAAACAACUGUCAAGACACCAGGACCAGAAAGAGGAUUUUGUAAUUAGCUUUAAGAACUAGGCCAGGCAUGUAGGUUCCUGCAAACAAGAAACAUUUUUUUUUUUUUUUUAAGCAGAAUACAUCCCUGGAGUUUAACCUUUGGUUUUUGACACAACUUCCUUAAAUGCUUUCCUAUAGUUAAUAGUCAGUAGGGCCCAGAUGCUCAAUUGUACGGUGUAUGUUUAAAAUAUUUUUUCAUUUUUAUAAGUAAGUUGACAUUAAACUUUUAUCAAUAAACUUUUGGUAACUGAAUUGUUUUCUUAACUGUGUGAACAACGUACUGUAUAUUUUUUUACAGUCUGAACCAUACCCACCAGACAUAUUUUACCUCUCAAUUAUGUUAAAAAUUGAGAGGUAAAAUAUUUUGAGAGGUAAAUUGAGAGGUAAAAAUGUGUGAAUGAAAUUUGUGUUUGUUUCUCACCAGCAUAUUCCCACUAAUUUUGUGGGGAGGAAGGACAACUAACUUCAUUUUAAUUAUACCAAAUCUGCUGUGGUAUCUAAAUUGCAACUUGUUGGCUCUGUCUGGUUUGUACAUACCAUUUAUGAAUUAAUGCUUAAAUUCAGAUAAUGAAGUUUGGAACUUUGUUAAUGGAUCUAUUGACCUCUUCUGUUACAAUGCUUGGAUAAAUUUGCUUAUGUAACCAGCAUUGAUCAGUCCAAUUUAUUGUACUGCCCUAAAGCCUGUAUAUUACUACCACUAGAUUUUAUUUCUGGAGAAAUGACUUAAAUAGUUUGUUUAAAUUUGAUCUAAUUGGUUUGUUUUGCUUAUGUGUUUGAUACCAGAGUUUAUUUUAGACUUUGUAAAUGAGCAAAGACAUUUUGUGGCAGGCUGUUUAAAUGGCAGUCAGUAAACUAGUUGAUAAAAGGAUAAACUGGUUGGGGAAGUAAUAUUACUUUACAUCAAUUCAUAUAAAUGGCAUUAGUUCCCUGUGAACUGCUAAUGAACUUUAUUUUGAUAUUUAGAAUCAUUGAUGCCAGUGAUCAAACCAGAGACCAGAAUAAAUCAUUAAAGUUAUGGUCUUUCACCAUC